AUGGCUAAAUUUAUUCGAUCACUUGAUUCUCUAGAAAGAAAGUUUUAUAAGGUCACUUUCGAGAAACUAACAUCCUCUAGUCCCGUUGAAAGAAAGGAAAACGGAAUAAGUUUUGUCCAAACGGGAGUAUUUUUACAUUUGGCAUUGAUGGCACUGUCCACAGAGGUCGACGUCGAAACACGACGUGAGAUCGAGGAGUGCAUAGCUCUUGAGCUCACCGACAGGGAAAAAAUGUACAUAUUAAGAGAAAUAAUAUCGUCUCUCCCAAAGACCAGUGAUGCUCUAAAGUUCCGAUUAUCAUCAAGGUUGGUAGUGGGUCGUAGCCAGGCGCUCAGACCGCAGUUCCAGCACGGUGUGGCGCCCGCCAUGCGUCUGCGCAUCGACCGAGUCAACACCACCAACACAGCACAAGCAUUAACAGAUACACUAAAUAAAAUGGUAGAAAAAGAUUCGAAAGGAGCGAUGCGUGAUACAUUCGAAGAGGAGGAACUGUCGGAGGGCAUGCGCGCGGUGUUGCUGUCGACGAUGUACGUGCGCGCGCGCUGGCGCUCCGCCCCCACCGUGCUCAACGGCACGCACUCCUUUCUCGACAGCGACUCCGCCCCCCAGCGCACCAUGCGCAUGAUACGCAUCAACGACAUCAUGAGAUAUACGGAACUGAAUGAAUGGGACGCAGAAGCUAUAGAAAUAUUUUACGCGACUCCCGGUCUCUCUCUAUUAUUGCUGGUUCCACGAGGACGUUCGCUACGACAGCUGGCGGGCCACGUGGCGGACACCAGCAUCUACCACGUGUUAGACCGUAUGUACACGCUUCGUGUGGCUGUCACGUUGCCACUGUAUACACUCCGCAUGACGCUCUUGCUACCAAACAAAUUACAAGCUAUGGGAAUAUCUCGGCUGGUAGACGAUAGCGAUGCGGAGUGUUCCGAGCUGCGGCUGUCCCACGCGGUGCAACGCCUCAUGUUCUGGGCUGAGGCCGGGAGAAAUGCGUUCAAAGACGAUGGUAUUGAGUGGGACGAAGCGCCGGAACUGGAGCUGGUUGUCAAUCGCCCUUACGUCUUUUUUGUACGUUGGAGAAACAUCACUAUUAUGAACGGACAUUUUGUUUUAUAG